CAAUGGCGGCGCCGGCUGUGGCGGCCGAGGCCGGGUCCGGCGCCGGGGAGCUGCCGAGCAUCUUCGCCCCUGAGCAGGAUGGCGAGCUGGACCAGGAUGUCAACGGUGAGCUGGAGCCCGACCUGGCGUCCAAGUUUGUGUUGGUGAGCCCAAGUUCGGAGCAGUAUGACUGUUUGUUGAAGCAGCUGAGAGAGCGGAUGGAUGAGGGGUGUGGGGAAACCAUCUAUGUGAUCGGCCAAGGCUCGGAUGGCAAGAACUACGGACUGAAUGAUGAUGACAUCGAAGCAUCUGUGGCAACCGUUAAGAGUCUGUCUGAGCAGAUCUACUCUGAUCUGAUCCUUCUACGUGAGCGCCAGGAGGCGGGUGGGAAAGUAGCUGACUACUUGGUGCGCAAACGAGUCGGGGAGAAUGAUUUUUUGGAGGUCAGGGUGGCAGUGGUUGGGAACGUGGAUGCUGGUAAGAGCACAUUAUUGGGUGUCUUAACGCAUGGUGAGCUCGACAACGGACGAGGAUUUGCACGUCAGAAGCUUUUCCGACACAAGCAUGAGGUUGAAUCUGGGAGGACGAGCAGUGUCGGCAACGACAUUCUGGGCUUUGACAGCACUGGCGACGUGGUGAACAAGCCAGACAGCCAUGGCGGAGGGCUAGAUUGGACAAAAAUCUGUGAGAAAUCCAGCAAAGUUAUCACCUUCAUUGAUCUAGCAGGACACGAAAAAUACCUGAAGACAACUGUGUUUGGAAUGACAGGGCACUUACCAGACUUUUGCAUGCUAAUGGUUGGCAGCAAUGCAGGAAUUGUGGGCAUGACAAAAGAACAUCUAGGGCUGGCACUGGCACUCAAUGUUCCUGUCUUUGUUGUGGUGACUAAGAUCGACAUGUGCCCAUCUAAUAUUUUGCAAGAAACGCUAAAGUUGCUGCAGAGGCUGCUGAAGUCCCCAGGCUGCAGGAAGAUCCCUGUCCUGGUUCAAAACAAGGACGAUGUGAUUGUAACAGCAUCAAACUUCAGCUCUGAGAGGAUGUGCCCGAUUUUCCAGAUCUCCAAUGUGACAGGAGAGAACCUGGAUCUCUUGAAGAUGUUCCUGAACCUGUUGUCACCACGGACAAGUUUCAAAGAGGAUGAGCCAGCAGAGUUUCAAAUUGAUGACACCUACUCCGUUCCGGGUGUUGGGACAGUGGUAUCUGGAACCACACUGCGAGGUCUUAUUCGACUGAAUGACAUUUUGCUGCUAGGACCUGACCCGCUGGGGAACUUCAUACCCAUCGCAGUGAAGUCUAUCCACAGGAAACGAAUGCCAGUCCGUGAAGUGCGAGGUGGCCAAACUGCUUCCUUUGCUUUGAAGAAGAUUAAGCGAUCGUCCAUCCGAAAGGGAAUGGUGAUGGUCUCUCCAAAACUGAAUCCUCAGGCUUCCUGGGAAUUUGAAGGAGAAAUUCUGGUGCUACACCAUCCGACAACCAUCAGUCCCCGCUACCAGGCCAUGGUGCACUGUGGCAGUAUUAGGCAGACGGCCACUAUUCUGUCCAUGAGCAAAGACUGCCUGCGCACCGGGGACAAAGCCACUGUUCACUUCCGCUUCAUUAAAACUCCUGAGUACCUGCACACCGAUCAACGCCUUGUUUUCCGAGAGGGCCGGACCAAAGCUGUGGGGACUAUAACUAAGCUAAUCCAGACAACGAACACAUCGCCCUCCAACACCAAGCCGCUCCAGCUGAAGAUGCAGUCGACAAAGAAAGGUUCCACAGUGAAGAAGGAGGAGGCACCGACAGCAGCAAGCUCGACUCUUGAUGAAGGCCUGUCCUCGGGACAGGCAGCAGCCUUGCAUGCACUGAACCAGUCUCAGCCCAAGACUAGUGGCGGCAGAAGGCGAGGAGGACAAAGGCACAAGGUGAAAUCCCAGGGAGCUGCUGUGAUUCCAGCAAGUGGUUGUUAGGUAGUUCAGAAAGUGACUCUGCAAGACAAGAAGACACUUGUUCCAUCUUGAUCACUACUUCCCUAGCCCCUCCCCCUUCCUCUACUGCCCCGCCAAAAACCAAAAUUCAACCUUCUCGGAAAUAUCAUUAUGGAAGUAUCCAGAACUAAUUAGGAAGUGACAUGAGAAUUGUUACUUUUUUUAAAAACAAGUUUUUUUGGAAUGGAUUUUAACUUUUUUUAAAAAACCAUUUACCGAAGGCUGAUGUCAGUGUCAAAUGUCUCUUUUGAAUUUUAUGCACGUGUGUCACUCUUUUGAUAUAAAGAUGUUUAAUUAAUCAAACAUUUGCUCUUUUGAGUUUGAAGUAUGCAAGGGAAAUGCAUUCUGCUUGUUUAAUUUCAGUAUUUAAAAUUUACUGACCACCUUUAAUCAGACUCCCACAGUUCAUUCAAUCUCUUGGCUGUGACUGAAUUAUUUAUUAAAGAUAUUGAAUUUUAUUCUGUUACUUUACAAGGUUAUAGUGACCUUAAUAGAUCUGUAUUUGGUCCUGUACUGUCAUCUUAAAAAAAAAACACCUGGUAUCUGAAACCACUUUAACCAAAUUGUCACAGAAGCCACAUAACAAUUUUGUUUUGGCAGUGGUGUAGCCUUGUCCCUAAAAUGUGACUUGUAACAGCAGCAACAGUAAACCUACUUUUGGAGAAGACUUGUUACAACCCACCUCCUGAUGAGUACCUGUUUCUUGAUCAGAAAUGAGCAAAGCUCUGGUAUAAGCCUGGUUAGUGGGGUCAGUUAUUACCUUUUGCCUGUCCUGUAGUUGGAAUUACUCUUGGUGUGGAAAACCUUGGUCCUGUUCUUGUGGGGUCGGGGUAUUGAAUAAGACCUAAUCUUUGAGAUGAGUGGUUCCCUUUCCUCUCUGGCAUGUACAAGUCCUAGCUGGCUACUGGUGUAGUGACACCCGCACCGGACCUCAAGGUGAGUGGUCCCUAGUUCCAAUCCGGCCGGUUCCUUGCACGCUUUCCAUCCGUCAUGGGUUGAGCAUCGAGCUAGCAACUUGGCCUCGUAAAACAGACAAACUCUAAAGAAUCGGCAAGGUUGCUACCUGUUGCACCAGUGAGGCAUGGUGCAAAUUGUCAUGAACCAGGGGGAAAAAAGGUGGAAUUAAGCUGGAUUAAUAUGGUUAUUAUGACUAUCAAAAUUGUGAGAAAUCCUGUAGUUGUAACCAGUCUGCCUCCAAAUUGAGCUGAAUACUCCAAAAUUUGUGUAGCUGGUGAAGAUAUUUUUAAACCUCUGUAUAAUUGGUACUCCAUCGAUACAAAGGGUAAGGGAGGAAACUGUCAGUGGGAGCUGAUGCUCAUAUUUGUAUACCCAGUACUGUGACAGGUGCUUGUGCCUGUAAUGCUGACAAAUUCUUAAGUGCUUUAUUUUUGAAGACAUUUCUUGUGUGCUUAAAUACUUCUUAACCAGUAGCUUGUACAUACGGAUGUUAAUUCAUAGCCCUGUUGGAAGUGCACUUGGUCUUAAACAGGGACUAGAAGCUACAACAUUGUCUUUGUGCUGUCUCGUAUUGUUGGAAUGUUCCACCAUCACUAGAGGUCAGUCACGCACACAGAAAACCAGCAGUGAUGGUGGUAUGUAAAUUAUGUGUUAGAUGAUUUUUUUUUUGCAGCUUGAGUUCCUGGUGCUGUUGGAUGAAUUCAGUAAGGGCCUGGAUUCAAUGUACAAUCUCCCAGUGCAGCUUAUUUAUUGUAUUACAACUGAGUAAGAGUGGGGGCUUUGGAACCAGGCUGCCACAUCUCAGUGUCUCUCUUUCCUCAAUCUCCAGUAAUGUUCAAACCAAGAGGCACAUAAGGAGUAGGGCAUUGUGUUGUAUUCAUCAAUAAAAUGGUUCCAGUUCAUUGA